AUGGCAGCUGUAUUUGCAGGCGAUGCAGCUCCAUUCCAGGAUGGACCACGUAGGGCAAACAGUGACAAUGUCACAACUACCCAAGGUACAAAUCUUGCCAAUGCUUGUGUGCUGGUCUCCGCGGUGUCAUUGCAAGACAAGAUGGUUUCCUUCGAGAUGAAUGACCUCAAGAAGAUUGGGCUUGGCCUGACAGGCUUUGGAAUAUUCUUCUCCUUUCUGGGAAUCGUAUUCUUCUUUGACAAGGGGCUCAUCGCAAUGGGCAAUAUUCUUUUCCUGUCAGGUUUGGGUUUGACAAUUGGUCUGAAAUCAACUAUGCAGUUCUUCACCAAGCCAAAGAAUUACAAGGGUACUAUCUCAUUUGGUGCUGGUUUUUUUCUGGUUCUCAUUGGGUGGCCGUUUUUUGGCAUGCUCUUAGAGGCAUAUGGCUUUAUUGUACUCUUCAGUGGGUUCUGGCCAACGCUUGCUGUGUUCUUGCAGAGGAUUCCUAUCAUUGGCUGGAUUUUCCAACAACCAUUUGUGACAUCGUUCCUUGACCGCUACAGAGGAAAACGUGUUCCGGUCUAG